AUGGUGUGUUCUUUGACCAACAACAAUAACAACAACAACAACGGGAAGACUUGCAACGACACCGGUGAUCCCUGCACGGACUUGGAGUCGCGAUCCAGCCCCGAAGGACAGCCAGGCGAGAACAUGUCGUCGCUGAGCGACGCUCACAGACGGAACAGCCAUUUGGAAGGCGACAGAAGUUCCUCGGCUGGUUCUUCGUUGGGUUCCUGUUCGCCACCGCCGGCAUCGAGCCACUCGCCACCGCCGCCCAGGCCGCCCUGGUUGCACGAUUUCCACGCGGCCGCGGCGCCCCACGUCCUUCAGUUCCUCAACCUGAGCGCCGCCGGUGGUAGCAUGCUGGCCAGUCAACCUCUGGCGGCUCUUCAUUCCAUGGCGGAGAGAAGUCACCAUCAGCAGCAUCAGCAGCAUCAGCAACAACAACAGCAGCAGCAGCAACAGCAGGCACAUCAUCAGCAACAACAGCAGCCGGGUCUUCAGUUGCCAAGGAUCAGCGUACCGUUGUCCACGAUCACCCAGGGUCAGUCGUCGCCUACCGGAAGCGGGAAACACAGUCCAGCUACCUCCAUCACGUCCGUCGGGAGCAAUCCUCACGGGAUCGACACGAUACUAUCGCGACCGGCGGCCACGCAUCCUCAGGCACCGGUAUCCGCCGCCCACGCCGCGUUGCAACCGACGCCGCAUCCUCAGCACAUGACCGCGCCACGGUACAGCAUGCACGCGGGGUUCACAGCAUCUUCCGGUAUCGGACAAUUCCAACAAAGAACGGAACCACGGCAUCCUGCUGUCUAUUGGCCGGGUCUUCAGGGAUUAGUCAGCGAUCCUCUGGCAUGGCGAGCAAGACUACACACGCUGUCGCAACAGCUGGGUUGUCAGCAGACGAUGACAGGCUCAGGCGGUGCUGGGGAACACGAGGGUGGUAAGAAGAAACACACAAGGCCAACGUUCAGUGGCCAGCAAAUCUUCGCCCUUGAGAAAACGUUCGAGCAAACGAAAUACCUUGCGGGCCCUGAACGUGCUAAAUUGGCGUACGCCCUCGGCAUGUCCGAGUCCCAAGUCAAGGUCUGGUUCCAGAACAGGAGGACAAAAUGGCGGAAAAAGCACGCGGCCGAAAUGGCGACGGCGAAAAGGCGGCAAGAAGAGGUCGAGGGCGUCGUUGCGGAGGGUGAGGAUGGUUGCAGCGAUACGGAAACCGAUGGAAACAGCGAGACUGCAGCGAAGAGACUCAGAAGAGAGCUGGAACAACAAUACAGGCAUUAAAUAAUUGAAAUAAAAAAGACAUUCAUGGAGUAGAUUCCUCUUUUAAACCGAGGACAAGAUGGAUUCUAGCGACCAGAAUAUAGAUUAAUAAAUUUGGAAAUUUAGUCUUUCUAAUUUGUUACAUGAAUUUUGUGAUGUUUCAGUGGAAAUGUGAUCAGCCCUUGGACGGCGAUCAUUUACAUUUAAUUUCCAUUUUAUAAAUUCUAAAGUUGAAAGAUUUGAGUUAGGUUUACUCGAAGCAUCGUUUUCUAGGUCUGAGUCGUGACUGACCCCUAACAUUCAAAGGGUUAAGGGGACUCUGUAUUUUGAAUAUUUGUUGCUAUCGAUUUUCUGUCGUUUAUAGAAAUCUAUCGUCAUUUGUAUAUAUUUGUACUAAGAUACUCGUAUACGCAUCACGAGCAAAACGAUCGUGCCAUCUGUCUCGACGUACGUUAACAAAGUCACACGAGAAAUUAUUGUUAAGUAAAGAAAGCG